AAAAAAAAACUGCAUAAUUUGAAUCAUGGUGGUGGAAGAAUUAUGGUAGUUUUUUCCACCGUGAUUCUUCCAUCUGACUCGAAUAGACUAUACCUUGAACGUGACAGGUUUCGCGCAUUAUGAUAAAUGUUGAGGUCACGUGAAACAAUGGGAAGUAUUUCAAAGUAAAAGCUUAGACUGAAGAGACAUGAAGCUUGUGUAGUUGUCUGACGAUUAAACGGCGACUAUAAGCGAGCAAUUAAAAUAAUUUUACGAUGGUACUGAACAAACGCUCACAGAGAGAAUUAUUAAAGGCAAUUGGUGUAUGCGAAAAGAUGAAAUGAUGAAAGCUUCCUGUGAAUUCUCUCUGAACAUAUUCUUCUCCUACAAUUCUAUUGAUAAGCGUGAAAUGCAGUUCUUCGAAGGACGGAAUUACAGGAUCAAUAAAAUCCUCCUGUCGUGUGUUGGACAAUGGCCAUAUCAAACGAACAGAAGUAGCAAUGCUAUUAUUAUCAUUAUAGUGUCUUUAGCUGGCACGCAAUUUAUCGCCAAGAUAUGUGGUUUAUUCUCCAUUGAUAACAUCGAUUUGUUCAUCGAUUCUCUUUCACCAUUGGUAGUCGAUAUAGGAUGUGGAGUAAAAUUAAUCACUUGCGUAUUAAAAGCAACAGAGAUAAGGGCACUUUUUGACCAAAUACAAUGCGAUUGGCAACUAUUAAUAACAUCUUCACAAAUCAAGAUUCUUAAUAAUUACGCACAAAAUGGACGAACAUUUACGAUCAUAUACGCGAGUGCUUUUUAUUCUGCAUUGGUGUUAUUUAUGUUAGCACCAUUGCAAUCGUUGUUACUGGAUUCUUCUUCAAAUGAUACAACUCGAUUAUUAUUACAUCAAGUUGAGUAUUAUAUCGAUAUGGAAAAAUACUAUUUACCAAUCUUAAUUCACGGAUACACUACCGCGGUCAUUUGUGUGAGCAUAGCCAUCGCAGCAGAUACAAUGUAUGUAAUAGUAGUACAGCAUGUUUGCGGACUAUUUAUGAUUAUUGGGCAACAACUGGAAAAUAUAGUAAAAGAGGGUAAUCUAGAAAUCAAUUUUAAUCCAUCUAUAACAGAGGAUAAACCGUAUGAAAAUAUUGUAGGCAGCAUUCAUGCACACAAGAGAGCUUUAAGAUUUGCCAGUCUCAUUGAAGCAGUAUUUAGUCAAAUGUUCCUUGUAGUAGCAGGUUUCAAUAUGCUUAUUAUAAGUAUGACAGGUGUUACGGCAGUUUCAAAUAUGGACAAACCAGAAGAGUGUUUAAGGCAAAUAACAUUUUCAUGCGCAUUGUUAGUGCAUCUAUUUUUCGAGAGUUUUCAAGCGCAACGUCUAAUCGACCAUAGCACAUAUAUUCAUACUAGUUUAAUGAAUAUAGCAUGGUAUCAAACUUCGUCUCGAACAAGGAAAAUUUUAAUUUUUAUGUUAAUGAAGACACGAGAACCUUGUGUAUUAACGGCAGGAAAAAUGUUUGUCAUAUCUAUGGAUACUUUCUCUACGAUCGUACGUACAUCAGUGUCAUAUUUUACAAUGUUGCGAUCAGCGAAAAAUUAA